AUGUCUCUGCCAGAACACCCCGACGCUGCCCGUUUCGGUCCCUUUGGCGGCAACCUCGCCAACAUGCCUCCCCACUACGAGGACAGCAUCGCCAAGACUGGCUCUGGCGACAAGGUCGGCGCACCUGAGCUGGAGAAGACGGCCACACUCGAGGAGGGAGAGGCCAAAUUCAAGAAGCUGGGAUGGAAGCGUCUGACCAUCUGUCUGAUUGUCGAGGCCAUCGCCCUGGGUGCUCUGUCCGUUCCCGCUGCUUUCGCUGCUGUCGGUAUGGUGGCUGGUGUUAUUCUCUCGGUCGGCAUUGGUUGUCUCGCUAUCUACACGAGUUACGUCGUCGGACAGGUCAAGAUCAAGUUCCCUCAUGUCGAGCACUACUCGGACGCCGUUGGUCUCAUGUUCGGUCGCAUCGGCAUGGAAGUCGUCGGUGCCAUGUUCACCCUCCAUCUGAUCCUGCUCUCGGCCUCUCACACUUUGACCGGAACCAUCGCCUGGAUUCGCAUCGUCGAUGACCCGACUGUCUGCGCCCUCGUCUGGUCCGUCAUCUCGGCCAUUCUUCUGUUCCUGUUGGCCAUCCCUCCCACCUUUGCCGAGUUCGCCAUCUUGGGUUACAUUGAUUUUGCUUCCAUCAUUGGUGCCAUCGGCAUUACUAUCAUUGCUACCGGUAUCCAGUCCAGCGAUGCAGUUGGUGGUCUCUCUGCUGUUUCGUGGAGCGCGUGGCCUCCGGAGGACAUUACCUUCCAAUCUGCUUUCCUCGCAGUCACCAACAUCGUCUUUGCCUACUCUUUCGCCAUUUGCCAAUUCUCCUUCAUGGCCGAGCUCCACACCCCCAAGGAUUACGUAAAGUCCAUCUGGGCUCUCGGUAUCAUUGAGAUCAUCAUUUACACCGUCACUGGUGCUCUCAUCUACGCCUUCGUCGGCACGGAUGUUGCCAGUCCCGCUCUUCUCUCUGGCAGUCACAUCGUCACCCGUGUCGCUUUUGGUGUCGCGCUUCCCGUCAUCUUCAUCUCGGGAUCCAUCAACGCCACAGUAGUCGGCCGCUACCUGAUCGGUCGCAUGUUCAAGAACUCGCCCAUUCGCUACACCAACACCAAGAAAGGUUGGGCCGUCUGGAUCCUUGUGCUCGUCGCUCAAAUCGUGCUCGCCUGGGUCAUUGCCGAAGCCAUCCCCUUCUUCAGUGAUUUGCUCGGUAUCACCUCCGCCCUGUUCAUCUCGGGCUUCUCCUUCUACUUCCCCGCCCUCUUCUGGUUCCUGCUCAUCAAGGAGGGCAAGUGGAAUGCCAGCAAAAAGAACAUUGCACUGUCUGCGCUUAAUGCGCUGUGCUUUGUUAUUGGGCUGACCAUUUUGGGAUGCGGCACGUACGCCAGUGUCAAGGACAUUGCAGAUUCUUAUGCUUCUGGCAGUGUGAGAUCGCCGUUUACUUGCGAACAAGAGGCCUAUGCUUGA